ACAGACUUCACCUUCCAAUCUCCCAAAUGCAGUCACGACUCGUUGGGCUGAGAGGUCCCUGUGUUUGACGCCUCUCAGCCAGCCACCGAUCAGUCGUAAAACAGAGCUUCGCUCAACCUUUCCGAGUACGUCCCCGUUGCCCCUCCCGUCUUCACGCCGUACUGGACUUCGCCACUAACCCCCUCCUUGCUUCGUGUCUGCUCCAGCUCUCCUACACACACAUUAGACAGUAACAUGUCGCACUUCUUCCACAAGCCGGAGAACGCACUAAAGCGUGCCCGCGAGCUGCUGGCGAUCCCCAACGUGGACGCCGGAGUGCUCAAGCGUACCAAGCACUCGGCGCUCGAGAUCCUUCACGAUGCGCUUAUCGCCAAGAAGAACCGCACGUGGCAGCCCACCCACGAGGAGCUCAUGAUCCUGUACCUGGACAUUUGUCUGGAGCUGCAGAUGGGCCGCGUGGCCAAGGACGGACUGCACCAGUACCGCAACCUGUGCAUCCAGCACAACCCGGCGUCGCUCGAGACCAUCAUCAAGCACUUCGUCACACAGGCAGAGCGCAAGCUAGCAGCUGCUAAGAAGGAGAGCAACGAGCUCAACCUGCUGGCUGCCGCCAAGGUGGAUCUAGACGCUGCCCAGACGCCGGAGGACGUCAUGCUGUCCACCACGACAUUCGAGGGAUCCAACGACCGCACCGACCGUGAGGUGGUUGUCCCCUGGCUCCGAUUCAUGUGGGAGACAUACCGCACGGUGCUGGACAUCCUCAAGAGCAACUCGAAACUCGAGCCGCUGUACAAGACCACGGCAAUGCAGGCUUUCGACUUCUGUGUUGAAUACCAGCGCAAGAUCGAGUUCCGUCGUGUGUGUGAGAUCAUGCGCAAUCACCUGAGCGCCCUGCAGAAGCACACGGCUGCGCCCACGAGCCAAUCGACCCGUCAGAUGCGCAGCUGGGAAGGAUUCACGCUUGAGAGCGUCGAGCGUCUGCUGGAAGUGCGCUACCGUCAGCUCCAGGUCGCUACGGACCUUGAGCUCUUCUCGGAAGCCUUCCGUACGAUCGAUGACAUCAACAACAUCAUGAACCUGGUGGAGCAGACUCCGCGCGUGGACUUACUGGUCACGUACUAUGAGAAGCUGGCUCAGAUCUUCCAGGUGUCCAAGAACCACCUCUUCCAUGCCUACGCGCUGUACAAGUGGUACUCGCUGCGUGUUGCUGGUCUCCAGGGUCUUGCUGGCUUCCAGGCGCUACAGGAGCUACCCGUGCUGGUCUCUGAGGAGGAACAGAAGGAGAUGGCUACUCGCGUCGUCCUCGCUGCGCUGUCCAUUCCGCUGCUGGACUUUGAAGCUUCUUCGUCCGUUCUAGGUGACGACGAGACUUCCGCUGCUCAGACGGCGGAGAGCUCGCUGUCUGCUGCUGCUCGUGACAAGAAUGCGCGUAUGGCUGCUCUGUUGGGAUUUGCUACUACGCCGACGCGUGCUAAUCUGCUCGAGGACAUUGAGGCUGCCGGUAUCCUUCCCAAGGCUUCCACUGCUGCCAGUGAAAUCUUCCAGCGCGUGGAGCUGCAGGAAGUGGACCCUCUGCAGAUUGUGAAGCAGCUGGAACCGUUCCUGACCACGAUUCGUGCUGAACCACUAGCCAAGGCCUACGUCGAUGGCGUCGAGCGUCUCGUGGUGCGUCGUGUGCUUUUCCAGCUCACCCGCGUGUACGCCAGCGUGACGAUCGCCCACCUACGCUCCAUCUUCGAGGGUCUUGAUGUAUCGUACGAGAAGAUUGAGACGCUCAUUGCUCGCUCACGCAGUCUGAGCACGGUCGCCCACACCAGUGCUCCUAGCCUGUCCAGUAUGUACCGCCGCAAUGUCACGCAGCACGGCAGCAACAACGCCGAGACGUCUUCGGCUGAUGCUGUGGCGUCUGCUCAGACGCGUACCAAGAUCCGCAUUGACCACGUGGAGCAGUGCAUUCGCUUUACUGACGCCGUGGAUCUUGAGGCCAAUGCUGCUCAGCUGACGCUUCUGGGGGAGCGUCUGUCCCGUGCUAUGAGCAAGAUUCCUGUCACCGCCUCCACCGCUAUCGCAGCUCGUGACGAGCAGAAGAAGAAGCUCCUUGCGGCUACUCGUGCUCGUCUGCAUACACAGCGCUCGGAGAUGCUGGCUCGCCGUGAGAUUAUCGAGCGUAAGAAGGAAGAACUGGAGAAGUUGCAGCAGGAGAAGCUGCAAUCGCUCGAGAAGAAGCGCCAGGAGUUCGCUCAGCGUCGCGCUGAGCUUGAACGCGAGCGUUUGGCCCAGGAAGCUCGUCGCCGCGAGGCGGAGAAGAAGCAGAAGAUUCAGGAUGAGAUCAAGCUCAAGGAGACUCGCCAGAUGCUGGACAAGUUGGGCCACACCGAUGUGAGCGACUUGGAUCUCGCUACUAUCGACAAGGAGAAGGUGCUGAACGAGGCCAAGGAGAAGGCUCGCAAGGCCAAGGAGCUUGCCCAGCAGAAGCUGCGUGAGAACGCUCGUCGUCUGGACUACAUUGUGCGUGCUACCCGUGAGGAGGAGCAGCCGAUUCUGCAGCGCCAGUUUGCGGAGGCCAAGGCUGAGGCUCUCAAGCGUUACGAAGAGGAGUCGGCCGCCAAGCUCAAGCGUGCUAAGGAGGAGCACGAGCACGGUCUCAAGGAGAAGGCCCGUCUCGCACCGGCUAUUCAGGUUAGUGCCGACUUCGUUAAGGCGCACAAGGCUCGUCGUAUCGAGGAGUACAAGAAGGCUUCCGAGGAGCAGAAGAAGAAGGCGAUGCUGGAACGCCUGAGUGCCCGUGUGGCUCACGCCAAGGAACGUUAUGAGGAGGAGCAGCGUCGCCUGCGUGAAGAGGAAGAGGAGAAGGAACGCAUCCGGCGCGAGGAGGAAGCUGAGCGUGAACGCCAACGCCAGAUUCAGGUGGAGGAGGAGCUCCGUCGCCAGGAAGAGGAAGAGGCUGAGGAGCGUCGUAUCGCUGAAGAGAAGGAGCGUGAGGAGAGAAUCCAACGCGAGCGUGAGGAGGAGGAGAAGCGCGUCGAGCAACGCAGCCAGGGCCGCUUCGGCAGCGCUGGCGCUCGUGGGCUGUCCGGCAGCUACCGUGAUUCCUACCGCGGCCGCGAUGACGACCAUCGCGACGAUGGAGAGUGGACUCAUGUUAACCGUGGUGGUCUGUCCAGCCGUGCGCAAACAGCGGCCCCUGAAGGCCGCUGGGAGCGUCGUGGACCUGCUGCUCGCGAGAGCUUUGGCGACCGCGAUGGACGCGAGGGUGGCGGUCUUCGUCGUGCCUUCGGUGGCGACCGUGAUGGUAGCUCCCGUCGUGGAUUUGGCGGGGAUCGCGAUGAGCGUGAGGGUGGUCUGCGUCGUGCUUUCGGUGGCGAUCGUGAUGAGCGUGAAGGUGGUCUGCGCCGUGCUUUCGGUGGCGAUCGCGAGGAGAGCGGGUCGCGUUGGGGCAACCGCGACUCGUUCCGUCGUGGCGGCGACCGUGACGGCGACCGCGAUUCCUUCCGCCGUGGUGGUGAUCGCGAUGGUGAGCGUGACUCUUUGCGUCGUGGCGGUGACCGUGAGGGCGAUGAUCGUUUCUUCGGACGUUCGCAGCGUGAAGGUUCGUACCGCCCUCCUCGUGCUGGUGACCGUGAUGGUUCGUCUCGCGAAACUACUCGUGCUCCCGAGUCUGGCCGUUGGAGAUAAGCGUUUCCGUAAGUCACCGUUAGUGCUUCUGUAGCAAUAUGAUUCGAGGGAUUAGCAAAGAGGUUAAUGCGUGCCAAUGAUUGACAAAGAGCGUUUCAACGAACGGCGCCUACUAUUUAACAGAACUGGAGUUGACACAUUCAUUGAGCAAUACACUCGUCACAGCAAGCACAUUUAAAGCUCU